AUGAAGGAUUUACGAAUGGAUCUCGUCACUCAAUUUCUGAUGACGAUGAAGAAUAUCUUCCAAUUGCUGAAUUAUUAGCAGAGGCACUUUAUGUAAAUACAUCUUUAGAAGAAUUAUGUUUGUAUGAAAAUCAUAUCGAAUCUAGAGGGGCAAAGGCACUGGCAAAAGCUCUCCAUAAAAACAAUAUUCUGACAACUUUAAAAAUCGCUGUUAACUUGAUUGACUUUGAAG